GGGAGGGUCUUGCUGACUGGGCGAUCAGGCGGUGCUGCGGGCAGCCCGCGACAAGGCCGGGAAGAUGGCGGCCUCCUGGAGGCUGGGCUGUGACCCUCGGGUGCUACGCUACCUCUUGGGCUCCGGCGGCUGCCGAAGACUGGGGCUGGUGAGGGGCGCUUCCGGAUGGUCGUUCGGUCGCGGAGCUAGUUGGAGAUGGCUUCACAGCACGCAGUGGCUGCGGGUUGAUCCCAUUAAGAUACUGAUGCCAUCGCUGUCUCCUACAAUGGAAGAAGGAAAUAUUGUGAAAUGGCUAAAAAAGGAAGGUGAAGCUGUGAGUGCUGGAGAUGCCUUAUGUGAAAUAGAGACUGACAAAGCUGUGGUUACCUUAGAUGCAAGUGAUGAUGGCAUCUUGGCCAAAAUAGUGGUUGAAGAAGGAUCUAAAAAUAUACGGCUAGGUGCACUAAUUGGUUUGCUAGUUGAAGAAGGAGAAGAUUGGAAACAUGUUGAAAUCCCCAAAGAUGUAGGUCCUCCAUCACCAGCUUCAAAACCAUCAGUGCCUUGCCCCUCGCCAGAACCACAGAUUUCUACUCCUGUCAAAAAGGAACAUAUACCGGGAAAACUGCAGUUCCGUUUAAGUCCAGCUGCCCGUAAUAUUCUGGAAAAACACUCCCUGGAUGCUAGCCAGGGCACAGCCACUGGCCCUCGGGGGAUAUUCACUAAAGAGGAUGCUCUCAAACUGGUCCAGUUGAAAGAAACGGGCAAGAUUACUGAAUCCAGACCCACCCCAGCCCCUCUAGCUACUCCCGCAGUGCCUCUGCCCCCACAGGCCAUGGCCACCCCACCAUACACACGGCCGAUGAUCCCACCGGUCUCAACUCCUGGACAACCGAAUGUAGUGGGCACAUUCACUGAAAUCCCUGCUAGCAAUAUUCGAAGAGUUAUUGCCAAGAGGUUAACUGAAUCUAAAAGUACUGUACCACAUGCAUAUGCUACUACUGACUGUGACCUUGGAGCUGUUUUAAAAGCUAGACAAAGUCUGGUCAGAGAUGACAUUAAAGUAUCAGUAAACGAUUUUAUUAUCAAGGCAGCAGCUGUUACCCUUAAACAAAUGCCAGAUGUUAAUGUAAGCUGGGAUGGAGAGGGCCCAAAGCAACUGCCCUUUAUUGACAUUUCAGUGGCUGUGGCAACAGAUAAAGGUUUAAUUACGCCAAUCAUAAAAGAUGCUGCCGCUAAGGGUAUAUGGGAAAUUGCUGACUCUGUAAAGGCUCUAUCAAAGAAAGCGAGAGAUGGAAAACUGUUACCUGAAGAAUACCAAGGCGGAUCUUUUAGUAUUUCCAACUUGGGCAUGUUUGGCAUCGACGAGUUUACUGCAGUGAUCAACCCUCCUCAGGCCUGCAUUCUGGCCGUCGGGAGAUUCCGGCCUGUGCUCAAGCUCACGCGGGACGAAGAGGGGAAUGCCCAGCUGCAGCGGCACCAGCUCAUAACGGUCACCAUGUCAAGUGACAGCCGGGUGGUGGAUGACGAACUGGCUACCAGGUUUCUUGAAAGUUUUAAAGCAAACCUGGAGAACCCCAUCCGACUGGCCUAGCCUCCAACAUGAGAAGUUGGUCUCUGGCUUAGUUAAUUGAGUAGCUGGUACUAGAACCUACACUGUAAGAAAACAAUUAGGUAUACAAGCACGAAGUGGAUGAGUUGUUUAUUUAUUUAGGGUGAACGAGUUUGUCCUCCGAGUUGUCCUCAUUUUCAGCUUGAGUUUAAUGUUACAGAAAUAAAUAACAAACCGUAACUAGUAAAAGAAAGAGAACAUUUGGUUCGUCAGAUUCAUUUUUAACCUCUGGUGCUGUUCUAAAGUGAAAUGUAAAUUAAAUUGUUUGGCUCAUGUGAGCAUUUUAGACUAUUUGAGAAUGUAUGAUAAAUUGUAAAAUGGGAAAAAUUGUGAGAACUAAUUAUGUUGAAAUUAGAAGUGAGCGUCAAAGAGAAGCCCAUUAAUUUAAGCAGUGGGACCUCACUUUUCAUAAGCACUGCUCUAGAUAUACUUGAACAAUUUAAUAUGUACAGAAGUGUAUUCUGGAUAAUAGUAAGUAAAUAAGGAUCACAUUGUAUUAGGGGUUGUGGCAACAUUAUUGAAUUUUUUAUGUAUAUAAAGCCAUAGGUUUUAGAGUGGUUUCUAUCAGUCUUAUUUUUCACUUCUAUGACACUGUGAACUUAUAAAGAGGAAGAAUUAAAAAGUCAAAAAUAAGAGAGAGAGACCAAAACAUUUGUUUCAGUAAUAAACUAUAGUGAAAAUAUCUAAACUUUCUGAAAUAAACUGUUCACCUUCAUAUUAAGUUGGAAUAUAUUAAAAUAAAUUAUGCUAUUUCCUACCAAACAUUUUGAAUUAGUGUUAACUUAAACACAAAAUGUUGGUUUUUUAGUGCAUUUGAGUCAAGUUUGUAUUGUGCAAUAAAAUGUGAGAAAAUACGAAAGUUUCUAUUGUAUUUUAAAUGUUAGGACACAGAAGUUUAGCAAAUCUUUGAAGUUGGUUAGUAGUUUGCCUGGGACAGCUUAUAAGGAAGUCUGCAAGAGGAAAGGAAGAAUUUAAACUUGAUCUAACAUUAGGAAAACAACGGAUGUGGAGUGUAAAACUUUGAAAGAGAGUAGAAGGGAAAUUUUAUGAAGUAGGCAGGAACUCUCCUUUUUAUUCCAUCAAUAGUGUGAACUUUUCACUAAUUAUUGUAAAAGUUAGAAGAGGCUGUUUCUCUCUUUUAACAGCUUUACCACGAUCGGCACGUCAACUGGCCUGAAAUUGGGUGCUGAUUUAAAUACCCAGUCACAGAAAGGCUUGUGUUGGUGUCUGCUACCCGGAAUCCCCAGAAAGCAGACCACAUGGUAUGACAGCACGCUGCCUACGCUCUAACGGAAGAGCUUCUAAAACCACCGGAGCCCCAGUAUAUCAGCUGUUAAGAAUAUGCUUAAUCCAAUUACUCUUUACAAACUGUUUUUUUCAAAGCAGUCUUAAAAACCUUUGUCAUAUUAACAGUUACACUAAAAAUUGUCCCCAAAUGCUCUUUUCAAAGUAACUCUUGCAAGUUAUGUUACUCUCAGUUUUAACUGAAAUUACUUGUUUUCUCGUAAUUUUUAUAUCUGAGGAAUAGAACUUGAGACAGCCAUAAGCAUUGGUGUGGAGCUCUGUUUUCCACAGACGGACAUGCGUACAUGGCAAUGCACCUGUUUCCCCGGCAGGGAGCUGGGCGCUCGUAGCCACCACUGCCUGCCUUGGAAAGUCGGGAACUGCACAGCAGAAAUACCGUGUAUGCUUGAGACAUUUUGAUUUUUCAUGGGCUCACCUCACAGCUUUUGGUACAAAUUCAUUCUGACUAGAAGCGUUUUCUCUAAUACUUACACUGAUUAUGUAAGUGUAAUGCAUACACUUGGCCGUAGCACUGAUCUGAGUAACGCGGUUUGGGUUAUUCUAGAGAACGAGCUCUAUGCUGUUUGGGCAGGCUCCCUCCUCCAGUUUUUAUAGAUACAUAUAUAUAUAUAUGUUUAUUUCUUUUUAUAUGUAUUAUUUAUAUCUUAUUUUAUUGUAUGUGUGUAAUAGAUACUCGUUUUUGUAGUACUGAGAGGUAUCACACUGAGAGGAUAUAAAAAUUAAAUUUGAUAUCUGGUCAUCUUUUUCCUCAUUUAAACAGGGAAAAUGAGUAAAAUGUUGGGAAGACUUCUAAGGAAAAGGCAGCACACAUUUCUUUUAUCACUUGGGCAUGAAAAGAAAUAUCAAUGACUGUUUAUAAGUCAAAUGGCCCUGCUUCUCCCCUUGCAAUUUCCAGGUGACCCUUACAGAGUUUGUUCACUAUUUUGUGGCAUCAAUAUAUUGCUGGCCCACCUCCUUUGUUUGCAACCAUACUAAGCGAUUUAUAUGUGCUAGUGCAGCUAUCUUAUGUGUAAUGUCAAAUGGAACUUUUAUUUUUAGAUUUUUUUUUCUUCUUCUUUGCGUUGCGGAUUUAAUUUCAUGCUAAAUCGUACAGGCCAGCCAUUCAGACAUUCUGUUAAAAGCAAGCCUAGUUUUCUAACCUUUUAAUUGAAAGAUAGGGGGUGCUGUGAGUUAAUGGAUUAUAGUUAGAGUGUGGAAGAAAAAGUAAAAUGGCAUUUAGAUCUUCGUGUUCAAGGGAAACGUAUCCUCAUUACACAACUGCAUCAUGACGGACUUUGUCUCAGGUGACAUGAAGAAGUAAAAGAACCAAAUAUGUUGCAGGUAACAAUUAACUGUUAAUUUAGAUACAGCCUUAUUCAUGAGAAACUUCUGUUGAUUUUUCAGUCACCAGAAGUAACGGCGUAGAAUUGCUAUAAGGUUAGGCUGGCCAUGAUAUGCAAGGCAGGUCAAAAUGAGGAGAGGACAGCAGUCGGCAAGGAACCAUCUGGAAGCUUUUGCCUUAAUGAAAGAGUUAACUAGACUUUGCACUAGGUCAGGGGAGGUUAAAGAAGGGGGGGGGAGGUGAAGAAUAGUGUGCAUGUUAAUAUGUUGCGGUGUAUUACAAAUAUUCGGAGUGGGCAUGUGCGGUCAGAUAAUGCAGCAACAGUAAUGUAAUUUCCCGGUCCAAAACACAGUCCUCCUCGGCCCACAUCACCGGCAUCCAAAAAAUUAAGUCAUGUACAGCAAAUGAUAUAUUUCAGAAGACAUUUAAGCUUUCUGUAAAUGGAAAAAGCAGCAGUCUUCCAAUAAAAUAAUGUUAAAUAGUU